AGCCACAUCUGCUCACUGUGAUGGUGUUUGCAGGGAUCAGGGUAACAGGUAUCCAGAGGGGAUGCUGACACUGAUCCUUUUCUGGAUGCUUCCUUUUUGGAGGGUAGUGUUCUGAGAUCGUUCACAUAAUUUAUUAAUUUUUGCAUCUCUGAAUAAAUCAGGCAUUGAUACCAGGAAUCUUCCAGCAGGAAGAUUCCUGUGUGCAUAUCAAGGGCACCAGUGAAGAGAUGGAGAUUCUUCAGUGUUGGGCCUGUAUCACUAUGAUCCAUUUCUUAUGGCGUGUGUUUUCUCUGCAGGAUUUUGUGCUUUGUCUGGUAUCUAAGUCUGUUAUUUAAAAGGCUGAUUUGUGUUUUUUAUGUGCAGUAAUGCUGCUGUGAUGUUGAGCCUUGAGGCUCAAAGGUUGGGAUUUGCUGGGCUCACGUUCCUCUUUGGUGUCCUUCCAGGGCUGCCUCACGGUAGAACAUGAGCAGGUAAUGCACAAGGAGCACCACUGGGAAUCAUGUCAGACGAGUCAAUCUCAGGGAGUGAUCCGGACCUGGACCCGGACUUGGAGCAGGAGGAUAUGGAAGAGGAGGAGGAGGAAGACGAGGAGGAGGCGAUGGAGGAGGACAAUGAUGGGGAUGACGAGGAGGACUUACUUGAUGAAAGUGACCAACCCCAGGAAGCCGUGUUCAGCGGUGACCAUGCGGAGCACGCGGAGGAUGGAGAAUGGCAGCGCUCGACUUCAACUACCUCAUCUCAGAGCGAGCGGGCAGAGCAACUCUUGCAGAACCAGCACAAGAGCCUGGCCUCUGAGGACACCAAAAAGAAGAGGGCUCAGAAACCGUCUCACAUGCGGAGGAACAUAAGAAAGCUGUUGCGUGAGGACCAACUGGAAGCCGUGACAAAGGCAGCCCAGCAGGAAGAGUUGGAGAGAAGGAAGCGGCUUGAGCAGCAGCGGAAGGAUUAUCCAGCCUCUAUACCAACGGUUCCCCUGGAGUUUCUUCCUGAGGACAUCGUUUUCAGAACAGCAGAGGCGACCCAGCUCCCCCCUCAGGUCCUGGCUGAGGAAGUGAUCUGCCUUGACAGUACCAGCAGUGGCAGUGAAGAUGAUACUAAAGGAAAAAAUAGCAUUAAAGAUGAAGUGAUUGAACUGAGCUCAGGAGAGGAUGAUGCCCUCCAAAUUGUGGACAGCAGUGACUCUGGCAAUGAGGGGGAGGAGGAUGGCAGUGAAGAGAGCAGUGGCUCUCAUGUGAAUGAUGCCUUAAAUCAGUCAGAUGCUCUGGGGCAAGUCAUUGUCAACAUCAAUCAUCCACCAAAUGAGGAGGACAUUUUCCUGGCUCCCCAGCUUGCACGUGCAGUAAAACCUCAUCAGAUUGGUGGAAUCCGAUUCCUUUAUGACAACUUGGUCGAGUCCUUGGAGAGAUUUAAAACCAGCAGUGGGUUUGGGUGUAUUUUAGCACAUAGCAUGGGUCUGGGCAAGACCAUCCAGGUUAUCUCUUUCUUGGAUGUACUUUUUCGGCACACGGAGGCAAAGACUGUUCUUGCCAUUGUACCUGUGAAUACGCUUCAAAACUGGCUAGCAGAGUUCAACAUGUGGCUCCCAGCACCUGAAAACCUUCCUGCUGAUUAUAACUCCAAAGAGGUCCAGCCCCGCACCUUCAAAGUCCAUAUCCUGAAUGAUGAACACAAGACGACAGCUGCACGAGCAAAGGUGGUGAAUGACUGGGUGACAGAAGGUGGUGUGCUGCUGAUGGGAUAUGAGAUGUACCGUCUCCUCUCACUGAAGAAGUCCUUUGCCACUGGCAGGAAGAAGAGAACAAAGAAACAAACUGGCCCUGUCAUUAUUGACUUGGAUGAGGAAGACCGGCAGCAGGAGCUUCUGAAAGGGAUUGAGAAGGCUUUGUCUCGCCCCGGCCCAGACGUGGUUAUUUGCGACGAAGGGCACCGCAUAAAGAACUGCCAUGCCAGCACUUCCCAGGCGCUGAAGAACAUCCGCUCGCGCCGGCGGGUGGUGCUGACUGGGUACCCACUGCAGAACAACCUCAUCGAGUACUGGUGCAUGGUGGACUUUGUCCGGCCUGACUUCCUGGGCUCGCGGCAGGAGUUCAGCAACAUGUUUGAGCGGCCCAUCCUGAACGGGCAGUGCAUUGACAGCACCCCCCAGGACGUGCGGCUGAUGCGCUACCGCAGCCACGUCCUGCACAGCCUGCUGGAGGGCUUCGUGCAGCGGCGAGGCCACAACGUGCUGAAGGUUCAGCUCCCGUCUAAGGAAGAGCACGUCAUUCUGGUGCGUCUGUCCAAGAUCCAGCGGGACCUCUACACGGAGUUCAUGAACCGCUUCCGGGAUGCAGGCAACAGUGGCUGGCUGGGGCUGAACCCACUCAAAGCUUUCUGUGUCUGUUGCAAGAUCUGGAACCAUCCAGAUGUGCUGUAUGAAGCUCUGCAAAAGGAGAACCUGGCAAACGAGCAGGAUUUGGAUGUGGAUGACCUUAGCACAGCAAACACUAAUUCCCGCUGCCAGCCUCAGGGAAUUAAAGUUAAAACAGAAAGUAAUGCUUUGGCAUCACCAGUUGGAGAAGCUACUAAUAGCAAGUUCCUCCAGAGUGUUGGCUUCAACCCUUUCCAGGAGAGAGCAAAUCAGGUCGUAACUUAUGAGUGGGCCAAAGACAUCUUGUGUGAAUACCAGACGGGAGUCCUGGAGAACUCACCCAAGAUGGUGUUACUUUUCCACCUAAUUGAGGAAAGUGUGAAGCUUGGAGACAAGAUCUUGGUCUUCAGCCAGAGCUUGUCCACCUUAUCUGUCAUUGAAGAGUUUUUGGCAAAGAGACCAAUGCCAAGUCCUCCAGGCUCAGAUGGAGGAGUUCAUAACUGGGUCCGAAACAUCAACUACUACAGACUGGAUGGCAGCACCUCUGCCUCAGAAAGGGAACGGCUGAUUAACCAGUUCAAUGAUGCCAGCAAUGCCUCUGUUUGGCUCUUCCUUUUGUCCACACGUGCUGGGUGUUUGGGUGUCAACCUCAUUGGAGCAAACAGGGUUGUGGUGUUUGAUGCUUCCUGGAACCCGUGCCACGAUGCCCAGGCCGUGUGCCGGGUGUACCGCUACGGGCAGAAGAAGCCGUGCCACAUCUACAGACUGGUUUCUGAUUACACCCUGGAGAAGAAGAUCUAUGACCGCCAGAUCUCCAAGCAGGGCAUGUCAGAUCGGGUGGUGGAUGAUCUGAACCCAGUGCUGAACUUCACUCGACGGGAGGUGGAGAACCUGCUGCAUUUUGUGGAAGAAGAAUCUGACCCUGCUCAGCUCUCCCUCAAUCUGAGCAAGAUGAAGGAGUCUGUUCUACAAUUAGCCUGUCUCAAGUAUCCUCACCUCAUCACCAAGGAGCCUUUUCAGCACGAGUCACUGCUGAUCGACCGGAAGGAGCACAAGCUGACCAAGGCAGAGAAGAAAGCAGCCAAGAAGAGCUAUGAGGAGGAAAAGCGAGCAUCCGUCCCCUACACCCGGCCGUCCUACGCACAGUAUUACCCAGCCAGUGACCAGAGUCUGACGAGCAUCCCUGCCUUUAGCCAGAGGAACUGGCGACCAGCCCUCAAGGGUGAGGACAAACCAGUGGCAAGUGUCCGCCCAGUUCAGUCCACCCCCAUUCCAAUGAUGCCCCGGCAUGUCCCCAUGGGUGGUGCAGGAUCAACCUCAAGUUCCAACCCUGCUGUCAACUUUCCCAUCAACUAUCUACAGCGAGCUGGUGUUUUUGUGCAGAAGAUUGUUACCACCACUGAUAUUGUGAUUCCGGGUACAAAUACAUCUACUGAUGUACAAGCUAGAAUCAGUGCUGGUGAGAGCAUCCACAUCAUCCGAGGGACAAAAGGGACGUAUAUCCGGACCAGCGACGGUCGGAUUUUUGCCAUACGGACCACUGGGAAGCCAAAGGGCAAUGAAGACCGUCGGACAGCUGCCUCAGGCUCCCAGAGCUCUUCCCUGGAGUCCACGAGCAACGGCAGACACAGUGCCUCAUCCCCGCAGCUCCCCAGCACGGAGGAGCUCACUCGGCCCAUCUCCCCCGACAGCCCCGAGAUCAUCAGCGAGCUGCAGCAGUACGCGGAGGCGGCGGCCGCGCGCGAGUCCCGCCACAGCUCUCCCAGCAGCGCCGCGCCGCAGGACCACGCCGCCCGCACGGACAACGCGCCCGGCGCCGCCGCCCGAGGAGCCGAGCAGCGCGUGGGGGUUCCCUGCAUGGCUCCCUCCGUGUCCUCGGCCCUGCCAGCCACCAGCCAGCACGGCGAUGCCCACCCGGUGUUGGACUUACGGGGCAACAAGCGCAAGUCAACGUCGCCGUCGGCUCCGGAGGAGCAAUCCCGGAGGCAGCAGAAGAAGCGCCAGUUGCCAUCAUCCGUGCAGCCGUACGAACACGGGUACCCCGUCUCUGGAGUUGAAAACCGAGGGGUUCUGAGCAAACUGCUGGACAACUUGUCUUUGGAUGCACCAUGGAAAUAAAAAUCAAACCCCCCCACAAAAGUAACAAAGCAAAUUAACUGAUGGUGUUCAUGCAAGUUUCUCCAAAGACUUGACAGUGCUGCAUCUGUGAGUCAUGCCCUCCUGUGCUCUGUGUGUCCACCUCAUGCACUACCCUGUGACACUGAUUGUAUGACCAGCUUGCCCAGAUGUCCGUUGCAUCCCUGUGAGGCUGUCAGUUUUCCUGUGGAUUUGGGGAAUGGACCUAGGCAAGGGUUUUCCUUGUCGAGAGUAGCAAGUGUUGAGACCUGCGGGCGCGUGUGGGAGGCGGGAACAUGAGCAGACCCCCCUGAGCCCUGCGGCCGCCCCAGCCCUUCCUGUGGGGGUCAGGGUAGUGGGGCUCAUCCAAGGGACCCUCCCAUGUCAUCUCUGAAUGGGGCCUGUGCUGGGACAAGGUGUGAAGAUGCGGCUGGGGGCAGUCAGCACCGUGGUCUGGAUGUGGUACUGGAGACUGCACACCUCUCUGCUCCUUGCCUCUCCAGGAGAGCGCCCAGGGCUUCCAGAGCAGGCCCUGGCACGUGCCUGUGCUGCCACCUGAUGUUCUCCAGUGGUCCUCCCGCAGAGCCUGAGCCCUGUGGCUGUAGGAGCUGAGGAUGACUGUCAUUCUGCUGCCACAGGGUGCAGAUUGUGCUCCGGGCUGGCUGUUAACCCAGCACCAGGGCGAGGUGUGAGGCUGUUCCAAUUCCUGAGUGGCCAUGGCUUGUAGACGCCUUGGCACCCUCCUGUGCAUGAUGCACUGCUGGCAAACAUCUGCAGCCCAGGCAGCUGCAGCGCAGGGCCCUGCACAGCAAGUGCCCACCUGUGCCCACCUGCAGCCCCAGCUCUGCCCCAGGCACCAGCCCUGGGCCCCCUAGAGAGGAGAUGGGCCCUGGCAGAGCCUCGCCUGAGAUGCUCACAGAGAUGCCCUGAGCACAGGGCUCCCAUGGGAGCUGGCAGUGGCUGGGGCUGCUCCGAGGCACCUGCUCUCCCACGGUGCCAUGGGAAGGAUUUCCUCUGCCCCCCAGAAGCCACAGGAGGGUGUGGGUUAUCCCCAGUGGGAGGAGCUCUCUAAGCUCUAAAACUCCCCUCCCAUGGGGCCUGCUCUUCUCCCUCAUCUGCUCUCCCCAGAGGUUCCUCCUCUCCAGCAUGUGACUCUGCUGCAGAGGGUUCUCGCUUGGUUUUCCUGAGCUUGGAACAGGGGCUUUCCCUGCACGGGUUAAAUUCUUCUUCUGCUGCUGAAUUUCUGUCUCCAAAUGACCUGAUGGGAAGCAGCUGCUGGUUCUCAGAGAGGCUGUGGGUGACACUGAGGACAGCAGCACAGGACUCUCUGCAGAGUGUUUUGGACAGUAAAGAAGAUUUCUGAGCACAGCCCAAGGCCAGGGCAGAUCUGUGGGGUCCUUGGGAAUGGUCAGCUGGCCUCUACGCUGGCACCCAGCCCUUGGCCCUUGCCUUUGGUGGCAGGUUUGCUCUCCUGGGCACAGCUGGGUGAAGGCUGGGUACCACUGUGGGACAGUGCCAUGGGCACAGAUUGGCUGCUGCUGCUCUGUGUCCUGGCCUUGGGGGGCUUGUUGCCCCCACUGCUGAUGUGGCUCUUGGGGCUUCCUGGGGGGCUGCAGGGUGGGCACAACACAGCCCAGCCUGGCCCAUGUUGGGCAGGAUCUGCUGCACAUUGUCCUGGAGUGUCUGGGAGGGUGGGGAGGUUUGGUGCAGCUACUUGGAGAAAGCAAAUGUUCUCACAAGCAAAGGGUGGGGUUUCCAUGGGGUCUUCACUAGAAAUUAUGUGUAUUUUGACUUAAUGAUGUCAGUGAAUCAUAAAAUGGUUUGGGCUGGACAGGACCUUAAAGAUUGUCUUGUUCCAACCCCCUGCCAUGGGCAGGGACACCUUCCACUAGACCAGGCUGCUCCAAGCCCUGUCCAGUCUGGCACUGGACACUUCCAGGGAUGGGGCAGCCACAGCCUCUCUGGGCAACAAACUCAAGAGGCUGAAGGUGCGAGGAUUGCUGCUGGUUUGGGGGUGGCAUCCAGGCCAACAGGGACAAGUGCAGCAAAUACCUUCACAGCUGGUAUUUCUCGCCACCCUGGAAUAAAUUUUGUUGAUUCAGUCUUGGAAGGACCACGGGUGGGGGAGGGCUGGGGUGGGGGGCAGAGGUUGAACAGGGACCAUAGUCCAGCUAGAUUACAGUGAGGGAAGGCUCCUUGCACCUUGGAGCAAGCGCACCCUGUGAAGGGAAGAUGGGGCAAGUGAAGGAGGGCGACCUCUGCCACCUCCUGGACCACCACCACUGCCUUGGCUGCUUCAUGGUGCCUGGCUCAGAGCUGGAGUCUGGCACAUCCAUGGGAGCCUGAAGGAAUCCAUCACUGAGUCUCACUUGGGGUUUUCUGUUGGUUUGGGUUGCUUUUUUUUUAUUUUAUUUUUUUUUUAGUUUUCUUUUCUUUUUUUUACUAGCGCCUUAGUUUGUGGCCUGUCUUGUUGUGGUUGGAAAGAGUAUUGCUAGCCGGGCGGGUCGGUCGGUUGGCCCCACGCAUGAUCAUGUGCUUCCCUCUUCUCUCUGUCCAACGGGGUGUGCUCGCCUGAUCUCCCAGAACAGAGACUUUGAACAAUUUGUUGUUUAUAUGAUGUAUUUAUUUUUACUUGUGUUUCAUGUCAUUUUUUAAAAAAAUAAUAAAUUGUAAGUUGGUA